UAGUGACAAACAAUGUACUUACUUUUAACGCUUUUAGCCCUACUCCAGAUUAAUCAAUUAAACAUAGGAAGAAGUUAUGUAUAUUGAAUAGAAUUAAUUUGUGCGAUAUUUAGUGAACAUUUCUAAUAAGGUGCCAUUCCGUAGACAACGUUAUAUUUGGCAAAACAGAAUUAGCAUGGUGUGUAAACAUGAUUCUUCAAUCACUGUUCACAAAUAAAAACAUGGCUGACAAUUAUAGCUAUUCGAACAAGUUGUAUUAAUGCUAGCUCAAUAUAGUGCUUGUUCAUUUAUGCAAUGCCAGUAACAUUUUUUAAGUGGUAAUGAAACAGUAGAUGCUGUGAACAGAUAUCAACAUUUAUCUAUCAGAUGCGGUUUAUAUAAAUGACAGGAAUAACAUAAGGAACCUCAACACAUUUAUAAGAAGCAACUAUGUCCGUCCUUCUUCUGUUAUUUCUGAUUCGGACAAUUGAGUUAUCAAUUGCUUCAACAAAUACUAUGAGUAAUGGAAUAGUAUCUCAGAAAAACACAACUUCAUUCAUUUCAUCACAAAACAUAAUUGCUCAAUUCUCUCUGGAGAAUAAUACAUAUUUUACACACCUUACGUACGACUUGCGUCGAAAUCUGAUGUAUGCAGGAGCAACGAAUAGAAUAUUUCAACUUGAUACAAACCUGAAGCAAAUCAAAGAAGCAGUUACAGGCCCAAUACACGAUUCUCCACAGUGUCAUGCUGGUGGAUGUUCAGUAGAUGAAGUCGAAACUUCAGAAACCAACAAUCACAAUAAAAUCCUUAUCUACAAUCAAUUGGGAGAUACUCUGAUUGCCUGUGGUAGUGUUCAUCAAGGAGCAUGCGAUAUUUAUUAUCUCAAUGGGCGGUUUCCAGAAUCAGCCAAAUACAUAGAAGUAGCUUUGGCAGCCAAUGAUGAGUUUUCCACAACUUAUGCAUUUAUCGGUCCAAGCAAAUACCAAUCAUGGAAAAAAGAAGAUAUACUUUACGUAGGAACGACAUUCACUAAUGUUGGUGAUUAUCGUCAUGAUGUUCCAGCUAUUUCCUCGCGAAAGUUAGAUGAUCUCAAUUACGCCGAAUUUUCGAUACAACAAUCAAACAUAAAUAUUGAUGUGAAGUAUCGUGAUCAUUUCAUUGUAAACUACGUGUAUGGAUUCAACAGCUCAGAAUAUGCAUACUUCGCAGUAGUACAAAAAAAAUCGCAUUUGGCCGAUGAAGCGGGAUUCAUCACGCGAUUAGCACGAAUUUGUGUUAACGAUCCAAAUUAUGACAGCUACACAGAGGUUACAAUAAGUUGUGAAGCUAAUGGCGAAGACUACAACAUCCUGCGAGAUGCUAAAAUUUUUCAGACUGGAAUUAAACUGAGUCAUGAUUUAGGAAUAAAAAAAGAUGACUUUGUUUUAGUGGCAGUUUUUUCACCAUCAAAAGAAAUAACUAGUGAACCUCAAAACAAGUCCGCGAUGUGUGUUUAUAGUUUAAGCGAAAUUGAAGAUCUUUUCAAUGAAAACAUACACUCAUGUUUUAAUGGUAGCAUUAAGGAUAGAAAUUUAGGAUACAUUUCCGGUACAAUCAAUGAUGGUAAAUGUCCCGUGGUUGGAUCUAUUGGUAAUAUAUUCAACUUUUGCCAUGUAGGAUUGAAAAUUAGCGGUGUCACGUCGAUUACUACGCGCUCUAUGUUUACAUUUCCCAACGAAUCGAUAACUUCGGUUACGAUCACCAACACUGGACCUCACACACUAGCAUUUCUAGGAACUAUAGAUGGGUGGAUAAAAAAGAUACUCAUGUCCGGGGCUUCCGCAGGAGAAUACGAGAAAAUAGAAAUAGAUACUGGCUACAAAAUAUUACCAGACACUAUGAUUUCUCCACAAUCAGAUUAUUUGUACGUUCUAUCGGAAAAAAAAGUGACGAAAAUACAAGUUGAGCAUUGUAGAACAUUUUUGAACUGCUCCAGCUGCUUGGAAUCUAGAGAUCCUUUUUGUGGAUGGUGUUCUCUUGAGAAACGGUGCACAGUACGUAAUGCAUGCCAAAAGGACACUAGCACAGCUCGUUGGUUAUCUAUCAGUACAGGUCAGCAAUGCAUUGAUUUUGAAAUGGUUUCUCCAGACAAAAUUCCGAUUACUCAAAUGACAACCGUUCACCUUACUAUUCGCACAUUACCCGAACUGCCACAGAAUUCUAAAUACAAAUGUGUAUUCGGCAACUCAACACCGAUCGAUGCGAACGUAACCAACGAAGGACUAGUAUGCAGAACCCCUCCUUUAUAUUCAAGACCAGUGUUACUUGUCAAUACUGAUCAUAUUCUAGUGCCAUUAAGUGUACGAAGCUCGGAAACUAACAAAGAUUUUGUGUCCCGCAAUUUCGCCUUUUAUGAUUGCUCUCGUCAUGAAAACUGCAGAAAAUGUCUUCAAAGUUUGUGGGGGUGCAAUUGGUGUAUUUAUGACAAUAAGUGCGUAUACAACACAUCAACAUGUCGAAAUUCAGGAAGUAUUGUCACUAACGACAGUAUUUGUCCUCACUUCAAGCGUCGAUCACUGCCAAUUUUGUUACCCAAUAAGGUUCCAAAAGAAAUUAAAUUAGAAAUCGAAAAUUUACCACGACCGCAAAGUGUUCACACGGGAUUUCUCUGUACAGUUAAUAUAGAAGGUGCUCAUAUGGUACUACCAGCACGAGUUGAAUCAAAUAAAUAUGUAGUUUGUGAAAAAACACUGUACUCAUAUGAAGCCAAGACAAAUGAAUAUGAAGCAAAAGUAGAUGUUAACUGGAAUCGUAAUCAUUAUAUAGAUACAGUGUCAAUUAUUUUGUACAAAUGUGAUAUUCUUGGAUCUCACAGAGAGCACGCGGACUGUAGUUUAUGUGUAACGCGCGAAAAGAAAUAUCAGUGCACGUGGUGCAAUAAUCAAUGCGCAUACAACGAAAGCUGUACAUUCGAUACGCACACUAAUGAGUGUCCUAAGCCUAGAAUUGAUUUAAUCAAGCCAUUGAGUGGUCCUAUAGAAGGUGGGACAAUACUAACUAUAGAAGGUAGCAAUCUUGGUAUUCGCGAAGAGGAUGUACGAGGUAAAAUACGAAUUGGUAAUAUUCCUUGCGAAUUAGUGAAUUAUGAAAUUUCGGUGAAAAUUGAAUGCCGAACGGGAUCCGUACCAGAAGAGUUGACCGCAUCAAUUAAAGUUGGAAACGAAGCUGGAUACACAGAAUCCAGUGUGCAGUUCCAAUACAAAAACGUCCAACUAUCAGGAUUACAUCCUACAAUGGGACCACAAUCUGGUGGCACGAAAUUAUCUAUAAUUGGAAGAUAUCUCAACAUUGGAUCCAAAAUUUUGGCUUAUUUAGAUGAUUAUGUUUGUAACAUAAAUAUUACACAAGCUUCUUCUGGGCGCCUAACGUGUAUUUCAUCAGCAGCUCGAUCUCCUGAGCAUAUACGCAUUUUAACACUGCUGAUAGAUGGAGCUAAUCGAACGUUAAAAUGUGGAGCGGAAUAUCAACAGCAAUACAGCCUUAGUCGAAAUAAUUUCCAUUAUCAUAGUCAUUACGAAACUUGCAGCAUAUACAAUUACACUGUUGAUCCAAAAAUAUUGCAAAUAAAACCAUUGAAGAGUUUCUUGAGCGGAGGACGAAUGAUGACGGUUCAUGGAACUAAUUUAGACUCUAUUCAGAAACCUGAAAUUGAAAUUUACUACGAGGAUGAGCGAAUAAACAAAUCAGUAUGUACUGUGCUUAAUUCCAACCAAAUGGAAUGUCCAUCACCAACUGUAAACAUGAAAUUCAUUUCGUUUUAUAUGAAAUACCUUGAUCAGAUAAAUAGUAAUCUCGUUCCUAGCACCAAUCACAGUACAUCAAAAAUACGUCGAAAUAUUAUAACGACGGAAACUUCAGCACUUUAUUCAACAACACAAACAUUAGCAAGUCAUAAUCCAUCUAUAAUGGUGUCAAUAUUUUCACCCACACAAUUCUCGUCGGUGGAUGAAUUACCAACUACAGCUUCCAUGUUACGCGCCACCAUGAAGGAUGUAAGCUCGCCAAUUGCAUUGAAAAUGCAUGAACACCAAAUUGUGUUUCAGCUUAGUUUUGAAAUGGAUGAUGUUCAAUCAGUCAAAAAUUUGAAUAAACACUUUCAGAAUUUAAGAUCAACAAUUGUCUACCUUGAUGAUCCUUUAUACUUUCCAUUUCCAAGCUUUAAGAAACUAUAUAAAGGAGAUACACUUGUUAUCGAAGGAGAAAACUUGAACAUUGCUAGUGAUGAAUCUGAUGUGAACGUAACUAUUGGAUUGAUGCAAUGCAAUGUCACAAGCCUAGCUCUUACGCAACUGGUUUGUACACCACCAGAUGAGCAACCACCAUCAACUGAUGAGCAUGGAAUCAAACAGACAGAAGUGGAUUUGCCAUUAGUAGUAGUACGUGUUGGACAGAAUCUACGAUAUGAAAUUGGGUACCUAAAGUACGAUUUGAUGAAGCCCUACACGUUUUCACAUAUUCUUUUAGGAAUCAUUAUUGGUACUCUGUUUUUUGUCGUAUCGCUUGUUGUUAUUUUAUUCAUUUAUCGCCGUAAGAGCACUCAAGCUGAACGAGAGUACAAACGAAUACAGAUACAAAUGGACACCCUUGAAAGUAAUGUUCGAAUGGAGUGUAAACAAGCUUUUGCGGAACUGCAAACCGAUAUGACAGAUUUAACAGCUGAUAUAGAAAACAGCGGCAUCCCGACUCUUGAUCACGUUAAUUAUAUCAUGAAAGUAUUUUUUCCAGGUGUUACUGAUCAUCCAGUUUUGAAUUCUUCAAAGUUUCGGAUGAACAUGUCUAGAUCCAAUUACGAUCAAGCUAUGUUGCAAUUUGAACAACUUAUUAACAAUAAAACAUUUUUGUUAAUAUUCAUAGACACAUUGGAAAACCAGAAGACAUUCAGUAUACGAGAUAAGGUGAACGUGGCGUCAUUACUCAUGAUAGUGCUAAUGAACAAAAUGGAUUAUGCUACGGAUGUAUUAAAAUGCUUAUUGCUACGACUGAUUGAUAAAUCUGUGAUAUCAAAACAUCCACAAUUGAUGCUUCGACGAACGGAGAGUGUAGUAGAAAAAUUACUAACGAACUACAUGGCGAUAUGCAUGUAUGAAUACUUGAAGGUAUAUUGCGGCAGCUCUCUUUUCCUUUUAUACAAAGCUGUUAAACAUCAAAUAGAAAAAGGAUUAGUCGAUGCAGUUACAUAUGACGCUCGAUAUUCGUUGAGCGAAGAACACUUGCUUCGUGAACAAAUUAUUCACAGUGUCGUUACUUUACAUAUCAUACAGGAUGAUCUAGACGAAAAGAUACAAUGUAAAGUCCUAGACUGUGAUACAAUAACUCAAGUAAAAUCCAAAAUUCUGGACGCAUUGUUUAAAAAUACACCUUUUUCGAUGCGACCAUCUGUUCACGACCUUGAACUUGAAUGGCGUCAUGGCAGAGGUGGUCAUUUAACAUUGCAAGAUGAAGAUCUUACAACAAAAACAAUAUGCGAUUGGAAGCGCAUCAAUACGCUUGCACAUUACGGUAUCAAAGAAUCUGCAGUGAUGUCCCUCGUUAUCAAACAGAAUGAUAACUACAACAAUUUUAACAAUAAGCAGUCUUUUCCUAAUUGUUAUUAUAUUAAUAACUCUUCAUCUCAUCUGUCGAUCAACGGAGACAUGGUCCAUCAAACGUCAUCUUUGCAACACAAUCAUUUGCUUAAUUUUCAACAGCAAUCGCAACAUCAUCAGACUCGUGUAUACCAUUUAGUGAAACCGAUGGACGAAAAAUCUUUAUUUGGGCAGCCACAAAGCAUGCACGAAAGAACUCAUAAAGCUAUACCAGAAAUUUUUCUCACGAGAUUAUUAGCUACAAAAGGCACCAUCCAAAAAUUUGUCGAUGAUUUUUUCGCUACAAUUUUAACGGUUAACGGUGUAUUACCACCUGCAGUUAAAUGGAUUUUUGAUAUACUAGAUGCAGCCGCCAAACGCCACGGCAUUGUUGAUCCUGAUGUAGUGCAUGCUUGGAAAUCUAACAGUUUGCCAUUAAGGUUUUGGGUAAACUUUAUCAAAAAUCCAGAUUUUAUUUUCGACAUUAACAAAUCCCCCAGUGUUGAUGCUUGUCUUUGCGUUAUUGCCCAAACGUUCAUGGAUGCUUGUUCAACGACGGAAUAUAGGCUAGGGAAAGAUUCGCCUUCGAAUAAGUUACUUUUUGCUAAAGAUUUGCCUCAUUACCGCGACAUGGUUGCUAACUUCUACGCUGAAAUCGCUCGUCUAACUCAGAUAACCGACCAAGAUAUGUGCACGGCCAUGCAACAGCUUUCAGUUCAUCAGCAAGAUGAGUUUGACACGAUUGCUGCGCUGAAAGAACUCUUCAUAUACGUAACAAAGUAUCGAAAUAAGAUUAUAGAUUCCCUGGACAUGGAUAUUCAAGCGAAAAAAAUGCAUUUGAUUCAUAAGCUUGAGAAUGUUUCCUGUACACUAGAAGGUCAAAACUAUUUGUAAAGCAAUACAGCAGCAUUCUAAACAUGAAGCGAGAAGAAGCAGCUGAUAGCUUACGUGACGCAAUGAAUUCUCCAGUAUUGUUUUCCGGAUUGGUUUCAUAGUAAUAAUGAGCGUUCCCGAAAUUUCGAAACUAAAACUAAAA